ACCUAGCGUUUGGAGUGAUACAGUUUGCAAGUGCUGGCUUGCUAGCUAUAUAGCCAGCUAGCUCCGCCGCUGGAAACUCAGCGGUCAGUGAGCUAACCUAAACUAGCAUACCUGCUGCAGGUCUCCGAAAAGAUGAGCACCGAGGAGGAAAACAGGACUCCCGUCUCUCCUGUUAAUGGGAAGGAAGAUGCGGCUGACAGUGGAGAGGAAAGCAGACCGGUACAGGAGGCAGUGAUAUGUCUUAGCAGCAAUGAGAUCAAGAGUCGGGCGGUGGUGAAGUAUUCCGCUGCCCCACCGCCCGCCACCUACGCCCUGCUGCAGGAGAAGACGGACCUGAAAUUGCCCCCCGCCAACUGGCUCCGAGAGAGCACCCAGCUGGGAGCCGCUGGCACCACCGUCCUGGGCUCCAGCAGCAAGAACAAGCCCUUCUCCAGUUUUGGAAUGGCGUAUGAUUUCAUCGACUCCAUUGGGAACGAUGUGGAUGUUGUUUCUGACUCAGAGAACAUCAAGAAGCUGCUGAAGAUUCCGUACAGUAAGUCUCAUGUAAGCAUGGCUGUGCACCGAGUUGGGCGGACUCUCCUCUUGGAUGAGCUGGACAUCCAGGAGCUCUUCAUGCGAUCAUCCCAGACCGGAGACUGGACCUGGCUGAAGGAGUUUUACCAGAGGCUGGUAGAUCAAAAAUGGCAAAGAAAAAAGAAGAGCAAAGAACACUGGUACCAAAAAGCAAUUCUGUCAAAGUUCCUCUACUACAGUAUUAACGGUGACGGGUCAGCGGCUCCUGUCCCGUCAGACUCGGACCGGCCCGACGAGGGAGAGGGGGGGUGCGGGGCGGAGGAGUUUGGCCCCUCGUGGCCCGCCACCUUCAGCGGCACGGCGUCCGAUUCGGAGGAGUCUGCCACCCCUAAGGAGGAGGGGGUUCCCGUGGAAACCCAGUACGCCCUCGGGCACGUGGCCUCAGUCCCCAAAGAACAGAACCUUCCCACGCUUUUUGAUGAAGGGGAGAACAGCCAGGGGCUGAGAAACGACUUUGCGAGAAACAUCCUGUGGACGUUUGAAGACAUCCACAUGCUGGUGGGGUCCAACAUGCCCAUCUUCGGAGGAGGGCGGUACCCCGCCGUGAGUCUGCGGCUCAGGGAUAAUAAUAAACCCAUCAACAUUCUGACGGGUAUUGAUUACUGGCUGGACAAUCUGAUGUGCAACGUGCCGGAGCUUGUCAUGUGCUUUCAUGUUAACGGCAUUGUGCAGAAGUACGAGAUGAUAAAAACAGAGGACAUCCCAGAUCUGGAGAACUCCACCUUCUCCACCAGGGUUGUGAAGGACAUCGCUCAGAACAUCCUGUCCUUCCUCAAGUCCAACUGCACCAAAGAGGGCCAUACCUACUGGCUCUUUAAAGCCAGCGGCAGCGACAUCGUGAAGCUGUAUGACCUCACCACUCUGUGUGAGGAGGCUGCGGAGGAGAAGUGUCAGAACCCUUUCACGCUGCCUGUGGCCGUGCUGCUCUACAAGGUGGCCAGCAACAUGAUGAUGAAAAAAAGCCAGAACAGGAAGCAUUAUGGGACCAUCAGAACACUGCUGCUGAACUGCAUCAAACUGCUGGACCAGGAGAGACAUCCUCAGAUCAUUGCCUCUGCGCACUACAUGCUGUCGGAGCUGUUCCAGCUGGACGACACCCCGGACGAGGCCGGGGGGGACUCGCUGCGGGGUGGCGGCUCCGAGGACAGCUACAGCGAGGAAGAGGAGGAGGAGGAAGAGGAGGAGCUUCCGGAGGACAGCGAUGAGAACGGCUCCUACAGCACCGGCUCCGACCCGCCUGAUGACAGCAAAGCCAUCGCCGUCAUCAAGUCUGUGGGGGAGCUGUCAGUCCCCGAGAAAUACAAAUCCACACACCAGAUCAGACCCAGCUGCGCGUUUCCUGUUUCCCACGACAAGGAGGAGCGCUGUCGCCACGUGCUGAGCUGCGUGCUGAAGGGCCUGAAAGCUGUGGAUGGCAGCAUUAAGAAGGAGAGCGACCUGCCUGCGGCCGACCCCAACACCCCCAUCCCCCUGAAGUACGAGGAGGGCAGCCCCAGCGCUGCGCCUGGCGUGGUGGAGAAGGAGAUCGCCCCCCUGCUGGACAGAGUGGGCCCCGGGCAGGAGGCCUUUAAGCACCCGACCCGCUCGGGGAUGAUUCCCGGCUCCUGGCAGCACAGGAUGAAGCUGCAGCUCUUCCUGAAGGCCUCCAAGGCGUACUACGUCCUGUCCGACGCCGCCACCAACCUGCUGAAGUACGGCCGUGCCCUGCGCUACAUCAAGCUGGCCCUGCAGUGCCACGACGCAUAUUGCUCUGUGAGCACCAGCCUGCACCCCGAGGUGCUGCUCUUCCACAGCCAGUGCCUGUCUCUCUGCGGGGACAUCCAGCUCAUGCUGGCCCAGAACGCCAGCAACCGCGCCGCCUACCUGGAGGAGUACAGCUACCAGACCAAGGAGGACCAGGAGAUCCUGCACAGCCUCCACCGAGAGUGCAGCUGCCAGGCCUUUAACCUGGUGACUGACCUGGCCAUGGACCCGGAGUACCAGCUGUUUGUGAGCUGUAAGUGCUACGAGGCGGGGUACGAGCUGCUCACCUCGGACGACCUGAGGAAGCACGGCUCCGAGCAGCUCCGCCAGCUGCAGAAGAGACUGGGCAACAUCCGCAACGAGAUGGGCGUGUUCUACAUGAACCAGGCCGCCGCCAUGCAGACGGAGAAGGAAGCGAAGAGGUCGGUGUCCGUGGCGGAGCAGGAGAUGUGGAAGAAGAGCUUCUCCUGCUUUGAGAAGGGCAUGAAGGAUUUCGAGGCCAUCGGGGACGAGACCAACACGGCUCUGCUCCUGUGCAACACCGGCCGGCUGAUGCGCAUCUGCGCGCAGGCGCACUGCGCAGUCUCCGCAGACCUCAGCAGGGGCGAGUUCUCACCAGAGGAGGCGCUCUACUACAACAAGGCGAUCGAUUACUACCUGAGGGCGAUGAAGUGCCUGGGUACGAGAGAGAGGCACACGGCCGUCUGGGACUCGGUCAACUGGGAGCUGUCCACCACCUACUUCACCCUGGCCACACUGCAGCAGGACUAUGCCCCGCUGUCCAGGAAGGCCCAGGAGCAGAUCGAAAGGGAAGUGACAGACGCCAUGAUGAAGUCUCUGAAGUACUGCGACCUGCAGACGGAGUCGGCACGGCAACCGCUGUACCAGUACAGAGCCGCCACCAUACACCACCGGCUGGCCUCCAUGUACCACAGCUGCUUCCGGAACCAGGUGGGGGACGAGCAGCUGAGGAAGCAGCACCGCAGCCUGGCGGAGCUGCACUACAGCAAGGCGGUGCGUCUGUUCCUCAGCCUGAAGGACACGCCCUGCGAGCUGCUGCGCGCUCAGCUGGAGAGGGUGGCCUUCGCCGAGUUCCACAUGUCAGGUCAGAGCAGCAACGCAGCCAAGCUGAAGACCCUGUCGGGGGCCCUGGAGAUCAUGACAGAGACGCGACACGCUUUCCAGCUGAUACACAAAGAGCUGCUGGAGGAGCAGCGAGAGGCCGAAUCCCCCGACGCCACAGAGCAGUCGGGCCCCCCCGAUAGCGCCGCUUCCUCUGGGCUCAACACGCAGGAAGUGCUGAAGCUCGUGGGGGUGUUCGAGCCCAGCAUUUCCUUCCUCCUGCUCCACCUGGUCAAGCUGAUGACGGCCAGCAAGCGCAAGCCGAGUGUGAAGGAGGAGGAGGCAGUGAAGACCUACAAGCAAGUGUACUCCAGACUGCUGCGUGCUGAUAAGACUGCCCCGCUGCUCCACCGGGUGGCACUGUUCCUGGAGCUGCUUGAUCAGCUGGCAGUCCUGGUGGACAACUCUGACAACAGACCAUCGUCGUAGCAGCAUCUAGCCCCCCUCUCCACAUGCACACA